AUAUAUAUAAUGCAGACCCAUACAAUAAGCUGACAUCUACUUUGUUUUGUGUGGCAACUGGCAAAUAAUACAAUACAGAGUAAAAAGACAAUAUUUCUCAAUUCCCAUUAUUAUAACUUUAUAAGGGAUAUCUCUGUCUCACACAACCACACACUCUCAAGUCUCAGUCUCAACCAAAACAUGGAUUCUGAGAUCGCGGCCGACUUCUCUCCGAUGCUCAUAAUCUACAAGAGUGGCCGCGUCGAGCGACUCAUGGGUGAAACCACCGUCCCACCUUCUUCCAUCCCACAAAACGGUGUCGUGUCCAAGGACGUCGUUUAUUCUCCACACGACAACCUCUCCCUCCGCGUUUACCUCCCGGAGAAAGCCGCCGAGACCCGUGAGAAACUCCCUCUCCUCGUCUACUUCCACGGUGGAGGAUUCGUCAUUGAAACCGCUUUCUCCCCGACUUACCAGACCUUCCUCAAGGCUGCUGUCUCUGCCUCGGACUGUGUAGCUGUCUCUGUUGAUUACCGGCGUGCACCGGAGCAUCCGAUCCCGACGUCUUACGAUGAUUCCUGGACAGCUCUCAAAUGGGUUUUCUCCCACGUCGCCGGGUAUGGUCAAGAAGAUUGGUUGAACAAACACGCCGACUUCAGCAAAGUGUUCAUCGCCGGAGAUAGCGCCGGAGCCAACAUAACGCAUCACAUGGCUAUGAGAGCUGCGAAAGAGACACUCAGUCCCGGUUUGAAUGAUUCAGGAAUCUCCGGAAUCAUCUUGGUUCAUCCUUACUUCUGGUCAAAAACGCCACUCGACGACAAGGAGACAACGGAUGUAGCAAGAAGGACGUGGCUCGAGUCGGUUUGGAAGUUGGCUAAUCCCACAAGCAAAGAUGGAUUGGAUGAUCCGUACAUCAACGUGGUGCAAUCAGAGUUGGUAGAUAUUUCCGGGCUGGGCUGCGGAAGGGUUUUGGUUAUGGUGGCUGAGAAAGACACCUUGUGCAGACAAGGUUGGGGUUACGCGGCUAAGCUUGAUAAGAGCCGUUGGAACGGAGAAGUGGAAGUGAUGGAGACUAAAGGAGAAACUCAUGUUUUUCAUUUGAAGGAUCCUAGUUCUGAAAAGGCUCAUGAACUCGUGCACAGAUUCGCUGGGUUUAUCAUGGGAGACAAGUAACUUGGUGUUUUCCGAGAGGUAUUGAAUAAUCCGGUUUUUGAGUUGUGUCUCUCACUCUUUCCGUGAUAAUAAUGUUGCUUACUAAACAUGUUUAAUUAUGCUAUUUCAGUAAUACUUUUCCAUGAAACAAAACAAGUUGGUAAAUGUGAGAUAAGGGACUCUCAAACCAAUUUAUGUUGAAUAAAUGGUAGUGGUACCAUACUUAAUGAA